UGAGUACUAAUGUUGAUGUUGUUAUCGUUGGUGCUGGUGCAGCUGGCGUUGCUGCAGCUAUUGAAUUACAAUCAACUAAUUUAAGUUUUCUCGUACUUGAAGCUCGUAAUCGUAUUGGUGGUCGAGCAUAUACAGAUCAAGAAACAUUUCCAUCAAUACCAAUCGAUCUUGGUGCUAGUUGGAUUCAUUCUUAUGGACCUGAAAAUGUACUCUAUGAUUAUCAUGAAUCUUUUAAUGUUGAUGAGAAAAAAUAUUCAACUGGAAAGUAUGGAAUUUGUUUUGAUUAUGAUGGUCAACAUUUUACAAGUGAAACAAUUUUUCAUGCACGAAUAAUAUGUGAAAAAAUAUUUCAACAUUUAGAAUUAUAUACUUAUAAUAAAAAAGAUUAUGAAGAUCUAAGUAUUGAACAAGUAAUUAAAUCCGAAUAUGAUCGAUUAGUAACCGAUGGACCAAUUAAACGUUUCGUUGAUCUUAUGCUUUCUGGUGAAGAACAAUAUGAAGGAUCUAAUUUAAUAGAUCUUUCAGCUAAAUCUCAUGGACUUGGAUCAGGUUCAGGAAAUGAUCAAUGGGUAUCAUUUGGUUAUGGAAAUUUAUUAGAACGUAUUGCUAAGAAACAUAAUUUAUCAAUUCAAUUAAAUACUUUUGUUACACAUAUAAAUAUUACUGAUAGUAAUCGAAUAGCUAUAAAAACAUCGAAUGAUUCAUCAAUAAUUUAUUGUCGUCGAGUUAUUAUUACAAUACCAUUAGGUUGUUUAAAACGUGAAACAAUUAUAUUUGAACCACGAUUACCUGGUUGGAAACGUAAUGCAAUUAAUCAAAUGGGUAUAUUUGCUAAUGAAUUAGAAAUUUUAACAGAUAAUCAAAUUCUUGAACAAAUAAUGAAAUUUCUUCGACAAACAUUUCCUAAAAUUACAGUACCUGAUCCUAUCAAUUAUAAAUUUACUCGUUGGGGACAAGAUCCAUUAGCUUAUGGUUCAUAUUCUAAUUUUGCUGUUCAUGCUAGUCCUCAAACUAUUGAACAAUUAGCAAAAGAAACUUCUGAUGGUCGUGUACAAUGGGCUGGAGAACAUGCUAAUAUAGAUGAUGGUACUGAAGAUUGGUUAUAUGCUUGUGUUCAUUCUGCUUUUCAAAGUGGACAACGAGCAGCAAAAACUAUUCGAAAUCAAUUAUGUUCUUCUUAA